AUGAAUUUAACUCUCGCUAUGGCCUUACAACAUCCUCGGCUGCUACCAACACUGUACCCCGACUGUGUGGAGCCUGUGGUCCAAUCUGUCCCAAAGGAUGUUCCCACGGGCAAGGGUCGUCGUGGCGAUCUUGCUGAAGGGGAGUCUGAUUUCGGAGCGUUGGUGUACAUCGUUGUCGUGCUGGUGUUUUAUUCUGCAGGUGUGAUCAUCAUGAUAGUUCGAUAUCUCAAGACGGAGAAGAAAGAGCUGGAGGAGGAGGUCACCUUAGAGAAUUUCUUCAAAUACAUGCCGGACAAAAGACAAGAGAAAGAGCACCGAGUCAACCGGAUCGCCAUUCAUGCCUUCCAUACAUUGACUUCCAUUUCCUAUGAUGAUGAGCAGCUGGAAGAGCUGGAUAUCAUUUCUGAGUCCUCGUCGUCUCCUGAUCCGCUUUAUGUCGACGGUGUGUGA